UGUCUCUAAUAACCACAAAAUAUUAUGAACAACAAGAAAAAGAAGAAGAACAAGGUUAUUUUUAUAUUUUUAUAGGUUAGGAUUCAAACAUUUAAAAUUCAAAAUGAUUUCUUCAAAAGUUGUGAAAUGUUUACCUUCCCUUUUAAAACAAAGAGCACCUAGUUGUAUCAGCGCUGUUCGCAACAAUGCUACUGUUCAACAAGAACCUCCAAGGAUAGAAAAAACUAUAAAUGCAGUUCAGUUGUUGGGAAGGGUUGGAGCAGAUCCACAGAAAAAGGGCACAGAACAACAUCCUAUAGCAGUAUUUUCCUUAGCUACACAUACAAACUACAGAUAUGAAUCAGGAGAAUUUAUGCAAAGAACUGAAUGGCACAGAAUUGUAUGUUUUAAACCAGGUCUUCGUGAAACAAUCCUGAACUAUUUAAAAAAGGGUCAGAGGGUUCAUGUUAGUGGUAGAAUAACAUAUGGAGAAGUCAGGGGUGAAGACGGGAAGCCAAAAACAACAACAGCGAUAGCUGCUGAUGAUGUAAUAUUUUUUAAUUCCAACCAGUAGAUAAGAUCUGUUAUAGAAGUAAGAGCACUUAUUUUGUAAGUUUCAAAUAAAUUUUUUUAAUCUGU